GGUGAGUUGCGGGCCUCGCUGGGCCCUAGGCGCCAUCCGCCGUGUACUAGCCCCAUCCUGGCCCUGCGGGCGUCUUCACCCGCCUUCCCGCCACCUCCGGACUCCGCCCGGCCGGCUCAGUCUGUUCUGAGCCGCCUGCGCCCGCCACGGCCGCCGGUGGAGCCACCCGAAUAGGGAGGGGGGAGGCGCUUUCCUUGCCUCAGCCCCGCUCUCUGGAGGGAGCUGCGGUGGGGGCGGGGGAGGGUUCGGGUGGCAGGCCGGGCCCGAGGAGCGUGAUGGUGGGACUCGGGAAGGGGGUGGGGGAGCUGGGGAAUGUGGGACGGUAGCCUGGGCCCUGGGCGAGGCGGUGGUAGGAGGGGGCACCGCGGGGUGAGGGGCAGUGCAGAUGUAGGCUUGGCCCUGGAAGAGGAGGAAGAAUCGGGGGCGGGAGGGCGCAGACUGGGCCUGGGUAGGGAGCGGUCAGUUUCUCUGAGUUCAAGCUGAAUAUCCCAUAGCUUAUCUCCUGUUUAGUCGGUGGAUGCCGAUUGAGUUUAGCAGUAAAUGCCCCCCUGCGCAGUGCAGAUAAAUCCACCAGGCAGGAGCUUAUUGUGUGUGGCAAUGUGGCUUGAUACAGCCCUUCUGGACUCAAAGCACCUCAGAGGUAUUGUAAAACUCUGUAGGCCAAAUGCUGAUCGUGUAAUGGCUGGGUAGGCAAAUGGGGCGAUAGUACAAUGUCUUGUUUAACUGUGGGAUGUGUUGCCCUAGUCAUCAGAGCACAAGCUUGAGUGCCCAAGUGCCACAGUAUCUCCAAUAUGCUACUGGAUUUCUGCCAGAGAUGGGUGAAUUGAGCAAUACCUAAAAGAUUUUGUCCUUGUUCUGGACAGGCUAUAAUGUGGGGUAAAUGAUUCUUGAAACCCACUAUCAAGAGUUGACAGUUUUUAGUGUAAAAAAAAAACAACAACAAAACCCUCCCCCUCAAAAAGUGCAAAGCCAUGUCACUUUAAUAGCAUAACAGCUCUGUAAUUUAAACCAGGUCUAAGAUUUUGCUCAGUACCCCACUGCAGUCUCAACAGGCUUAGGUCCUAUUGUGAGAUUUUAGCCCGCAUUAACCAAUAGGUCCAAAAAUAACUAGUGAUUGUUUCAGUCUUGGGGUGACUGAUUUCAGAAAGUACAGCUAAUCUUUGGAAAUUAGGUCUUUCUCAUAUUGAACACCUGAAAUCUCUUAUCACUUAUGAAAAAUCCUGGCCAGGAUGUCUUGCAGCAUCUUCAAAUAUGCUUUAAGUCUAGACUGCAUCAUGGUGCGCAUGAAUGUUCUGGCCGAUGCCCUUAAGAGCAUCAACAAUGCAGAGAAACGUGGAAAACGUCAAGUUCUCAUUAGACCGUGCUCUAAAGUAAUCGUCCGGUUUUUAACUGUGAUGAUGAAGCAUGGUUACAUUGGUGAAUUUGAGAUCAUUGACGAUCACAGAGCUGGGAAAAUUGUUGUUAAUCUCACAGGCAGACUGAACAAGUGUGGUGUGAUCAGUCCCAGAUUUGAUGUUCAGUUGAAGGACCUGGAAAAGUGGCAGAACAACCUUUUGCCUUCACGUCAGUUUGGGUACAUAGUGCUGACAACUUCCGCUGGCAUCAUGGACCAUGAGGAAGCAAGGCGAAAACACACAGGAGGCAAAAUCCUGGGAUUCUUUUUCUAAAACUUGUAAAACAGGCAUACUAAUAAAUUGUUCAAAUGGA